AUGGGGAAUUGUAUAGUUUUGCAAGAAAAAGUUGUAAAAGUGAUGAAAACAGAUGGGAAGAUUCUUGAAUACAAAGCUCCAAUAAAGGUAUAUCAAGUGUUAUCACAAUUUGGUGGCCAAUAUGCAAUAUCUGAAUCCCUUUCAGUCAUUCAAAAUCUACUACCAAAUUCUAACAUGUUAGCUGGUCAACUUUAUUAUCUUUUGCCUAUAUUACCAGUGCCUCCUCCAAAAAUAGCCAAAAAGAAGAAGGUGGUCAAAUUUGCAAAAGAAGUAGUUGAUCAAGAAGAAGCUAAAAAACAAAUUAGGACAACAGAGGCAGUAAGGAUUAAGCUUGUCAUUAGUAAAAAAGAGCUCCAAGCUUUGCUAAGUAGUACUGAAGGAGGAUUAAUCACUGUUAAUGACAUUGUUAAUCGCCUUCAGAAGAUACAAGACAUCAAGUUAGGGGAUCCCGUGCUCAAGCAAUAG